GCGCACCAAUCAGAGCACCCAAAAUCGGUGCGGCGCGUUGGCCACUCUGAAUUUUUUCCCUCUUCUUUUCCCUUUCGCCCCUGCCCGUCCUGCAUUCUGGGACCCUUGAUUAUCCAAUGGAACCCUUUUGUCCUUUCUUUCAAUCCUCCCCGCUCCUCCAUCUUUUCGAACGUCGACUGUUGUUCUUGGAGUGACGACUGUAUACAGCCUGCGCCACAUCUUGUUCUCUUCCGCCACGUCUCGCACCUUCUUGUCAAAAAACACCGAGGGGCUUUUUUGGUUCAUUCGCAACAACAAAUCUAUUGUCAUCUGUCUACUGGCCUCCCCGAUAAGAGCAUAGAAUAGCGGAGGACAUCCCUCGCGACACGCCAUAUACCCACCACUGCCGACAUCCGGUCGCUCUCCGAACCGCCGUCCUUUCCGCCCAGACUGUAAACUUCCAUCUCACCGUCAUACCAUGUCAGAUGUCUCCCCCUCCCACCGUCCCCCGCCCCACCAGCCUCAGCAGCCCCCGCAACACAUCCCCCCCAUCUACUCCCCCUCCCCCUACGCCCAGUCCGCCGCACCCAUCACUGCCACCCAGGGGCCCCCACGGCUGCCCAACCUCACCCCCAUGCCGGACUCGGCUAGCACAACCCACUCCUUUGCUGCAGACCUCUCCAUGGGCAGCGUCAAGACGGAGGACUCGGGGCCCGUGGGCGAGCCGAACGGCCAGACAGUGCAGAUGCAGUCGCUCCAGCAACAGCAACCUAUGCAGCAGCCACAGCAAGGAGGACCGCAGGGGCUAAAAGGAAAGAAUGGCGCAACGGGGCCGGCGGAUAACAAACCCAAGCCUCAUGUGUGCAACGUCUGUCAACGAGGGUUCACGACCGGUGGGCAUCUGCAAAGACACCAGCGGAUCCACACGGGGGUGAAGGCGUUCAAGUGCCCCUUCCCGGGGUGCGAGACGCGGACGAGUCGGCAGGACAACUUGCAACAACACUACCGAACGCACUUGUCGCCGACACUAAGACGGGGUUCAGGUUCAGCAGCGAGGGCGGCAGUCAAUGCUGCGAUGGAAGCCGCCGGGUUAAAAUCAUCGACGGCUCGCCAACCACGCAAGUCCAAGAGCGCCACCGGCACCCCCACCUCGGCAUCCACCCCGCACUUUCCCUCCCCCUACCCCCCUCAGGCCGGGCCAAACCCGUACGCACCCUACAUGUACGACCAAGCCCACUACCCGCCUCCCUACCCUAUUCCGCCAAGCAUGUCCAUGGCCCAACCUCCUUCGGCCUCUUCCUCCCGCGUGCCGUCACCCACCAACCCGAACGGUCACCCGCAGCACGCCCACGCUCAAUUGCCCCCAGCACACCAACAGUCCUUCUUUGCGCAACCGCACUAUACCCAGCAGUACCCGUCGUAUGCCGUGCCACCGCAGCAUCAGCAAACGUACAGAUACCCAGCGGGUGCGAUGGGCUAUGCGCCUGCGCCGGGCGGGUAUGUGCACCAUGGUCUGUAUAGUACGGGCAUGCCAGAGCAGGGACACAUGUACAACCCGAUGCAGUUUCAGCAUAGGGAAGGGUCUUAUGGGCUACCUGCUGCUGCUUAUGGCGGCGGCGGUGGUGGUGGUGGAGGAGGUGGCGGAGGGCAAGCGCAGAGAAGUCCUACGGCGAAUGGGUAUGGCCAUCCCCGUAGAUGAGCCGGCAACAAAGAAAUGUUUUCCAUCUACACUAGCAUACAUAUUAUAGUCGUUGUCCUUUUCUUGGUUUUUGGUCGUUCUUAUAGAUUCGGGGUUCCAUCAAGAUAUAUGGGAUGGGCUCUUUCGGGUUAUUUGGGUACUUGUCAGAGAGAUGCAUUGAUUGUUGUCUCUCCAAAGUACACGGCGAGGCGAGGCGAGGAGUCGAAUGUUGAUGGCGCAAGCUGCAAGGCACGCGUUGCUGCCUUUCUCCCUUCCUCUGGUCGCCUUGCAAGACCUCUUGUAAGCGGUUUACCAAG